AUGCUAUUCAAAAUUCCGUUGGUGCUGCUCUGCGGGCUUCUGGCGAGCUUUAGCGUUGCCACAGCCAAGCAGGGCGUGCCUGGAGCCCAAGUCAUGGCCAUCGGACACAUGCCAGAUGUCGGGAGAGCCAUGCCUUCCAACCCAAACCUCCCGGCAGCCAUCACUGCCCGUGCAGAGGCCACCUUCAACGUUCCUCCAUCCUCAUCGAGGGACGCUCAUUGGUCAUUCCGCCUCUCCCAAGAAUUCAUGGCCGAAAUGUACCGCUUGGGUAAUGAGCUAUGUGACAAAGAGGGCCUGUUAAAACGUGACCCGAUCUUCCAAAUGGGUUGCUCGCCCCAGAAGCUUGCACCGACGGACGUGGGACUACUGCGGAAAGGCAUUGUAAGCUACGCGUAUCACGAGGUGGCAUUUGACAGGGUCGCCAUCGAGGGCUGGGAGCUUGGAGGAAAAUACAACGACGAGCAAUUGCGCUUCGCCGCAGCCACGGUGCUCGAAUUUGCAGUCAUCGAAAAGCUCCUGGAGACCGGCGGAAUUCUCGAUGAAACGCUCGACCUCGAGCCGGUCGUGGCAAGCUCGUGGAUGACUUCUGCCCUCGUCUCACAAACGGAACCAGGUCGAUACUGGGACGCCGCUCACAGCACGGCGACUUCGUCAUCGAGCGAAUUUAUCGGCCCCAUCACAUCUUCCGCUUCGACUACGUACGACCCUCCCAGCAAGACAACGAGCGACCAUGGGGACAAGCCGGGUUCCAUAUCGAUCGACGAGAGGGAGUCGACGACGAGCAACAAAUGUCCAAUGUGUACGAAUCAAGCGUGCAUGAUCAGUCCGGACGACGACCAGGGCCAGGAUGGGACCAAUGUCCCCAUUCGUCCUCCUCUCGUGACCGGAGGAAGCGAUCCAGCCUGUAUUCCAAUCCAGGACGCACAGAAUAAUAACAAAGAAUGGUUUUGCCUGUGCUCACAGGAUGAAGGCAAAUUCUCGAGUAAGUCGACCAGCUGGGCCACCUACCUCUCUGAUCGUGGCUCUACGACGACCUUGGUGUCGGCAGCAUGUGCUCGAACCGAUAUUCCAGCCGCGCAGAGUCCCAACCCUCAGGACUCCCCCGAUGUCGUAACCAGAACCGGAGAACCCGCUUGUAUCCCCAUGCAGGAUGCCCAGAAGGGUAGCGAGAAUCAGGAAUGGAUCUGUUUGUGCAAGAAGCCCAAUGGCAAGUUCGCGAGCCACACGACCAGCUGGACCACAUACCGCGCCGAUCUUGGGACUACAACAGCCCUGGUUUCAACGGCCUGUCCAUCCGUAGAACCAUCAGGCACGCCGAUUCCGGAGACCCAGAUCUCCAAGGCAACUUGCGGUGUCACCAAUGUUCCUCCAAUGAGUGCCUCUCCGUACGGAGCAGAAGAGACUGUGCUAGCUUCUGCCAUCUCAUCGUUCUGUCAGCAUUACUCGAGCCUGAAUCUGCACCACUACACCAUUCAACGAUAUCUUGGCGAUCCUCCCCAAGACAACCCCUGGAACGGUAAAAUCCGCACCAAAGACUCUGUGUUUCCGACUCCAAUGGUGUACAACGGUAUUGGAGCAGACCGGAGGACCAUCAUUGUGGUGCGAUUGAGCAUAAAAUACGAACACAAAGCUUGUGACGACCCGGACAAACCCGUGCAGAGCGCGUUCAACAAAGACUCUGGAAACUGGUGUUCAGCUGAGAUGUACCGAGUAGUCCAGCAGUGUCAUCCGUUCACAAUUGAUGGCGGCGGUGGACAAGCAUACUAUCCCGGAGGCGAGGUGUACGCAGGGUGCAUCAAGUUCGGAGUACAGCUUGCGUCCGAGUCUCGUGUUGGAGAGUUGAAGAUGGCUGCGCCUACCGUUACCCCGUUGUGA